AAUCGGCUCUUUGGGGCGCCGCGGUUUCAGUCGCCGAACGAUUUUCGCCCCAACAACGAGGAGGCAGCUGCUAAAAAUCGACUCGUCGCGUUCUGUGAAGUGAAUGGAAUCGAGGGAACGAGACGGAGGAAGGAAAAGCAAGAAAAUACGAAGAUACACAAAAUAUACACGAAAUUCUUUUUAUAACAAACCAAACGCGCAACGCAACAACGCACAUAGAAAAAGGUGAACAAAUUAGCUAAUAAAUUCGAGUACUAACCCUCCAAUGUUUCUGGAAUGCAAUAUGUACUAACCCGAAAGUAAAAAAUAUAAAACUAAGAUAAGAGAAAAUCGAAGAAAAGCGAUGAAAAUGCAGAGGCAAGUGGACUAAUCGACUACUUCCUCCUCCCAUACGAAAUCGAAACGAAAACCCAACAACGACGACGACGACGACAACACUUUCUGGCAUCGUGAUUUGAUGAUGACAACGCAGCAGCAGCAGCUUUUGGGAAAGCCAGCGAAGUCAGGGGCAGCGGAAAACGAGGAAAAACCACCAGCAGCAGAAGGAGCAGGAGGAGAGAUGACGGCGGCCACGGGGGGUGGGAGUGCGGGGGCGGGCGGAAAGGCUGGAAAGCACAGGUCGAGGUCAUCCGCCCGCUACGACGAUGUGGAAAAGCAGCAGCGGAAAAGCCGAGCCAUCGUCUCCAUACCAAACACCAUCAAGCUGAGCAUGCUGAACAGCGGACUGCUCUCGUUCGAGCGGAUAAAGCUGGAGGCGCGGGAUGAGAACAACUCGCUGUCGAAGACGAUACCGAACGGACCCAUCGACAUUCGCCACUUCCUGAAGCUCUGCGAUCUGCGCCGGAAGUUCCCGGUGCUCUACAAGCUGGAGUUCCAAACCGCCGCCAAGGUGGAGAGCAACACCUGUCGGCACGCGCUCAAAAAGAACAACGUGGAGAAGAACCAGAAUCCCAAGUGCAUUCCCUAUGACUACAAUCGCGUCGUCCUCGAGAAAGUCGGCGGGCUGCAGGACUCGGACUACGUGAAUGCCUCCUACGUGGAUAGUCUGCUCAAACCGAAUGCGUAUAUUGUGACCCAGGGUCCGGUGGAGGAAACGGUGCAGGCCUACUGGCGAAUGGUCUGGCAGGAGAACAUCAGCGCCAUCGUGAUGCUAACCAAGACCUUUGACUUCGCCAAGGUCAUGUGCCACCAGUACUGGCCGCCCAACAUGGAGGUGCACGAGCAGUACGGCGACAUCUUAAUCAACAUCGUGAGGGAGGAGCAGCUGGCCAACUUCCACAUCCGCACCUUCAGGCUCUACAAGAAGAACGAAAAGGAGGAGGUCACCGAUGAGCGGUUGAUCCUGCAGUUCCACUACACCGAGUGGUACAGCCACUCGUGUCCCUUCUCGAAUGCCUUGCUCGAGUUCCGGAGGAGGGUCCGUCUGGUGGUGGGCAACAUCAUCAAGGACGAGGACGAUAUGAGGGGACCCAUCCUAGUGCACUGCAGCGAUGGCGGCGGCAGAUCGGGCGUCUAUAUGUCCAUCGAUGCCAAUUUGGAGCUGGCGGAGGAGGAGGAGUGCUUCAAUGUCUUUGGCUACCUCAAGAAGCUGAGGCAAUCCCGCAAAGGACUGGUGGAGAAUGUGGAGCAGUACAAGUUCAUAUACGACACCCUGGAGGAGCACAUCAUCUGCGGCAAGACCUGGUUUCCCGUCUCGGAGCUCUCGGAUCGCCUGAAGGCCAAGGCCAGACGGAACUCGGGGACCAAGAUGAACGAGUACCAGGCGGAGUACGACCAGAUAUGCAAGCAGACCCCCCGGUUCACCAUUGGAGAUUGUGCCGGUGGUCAUCGGGCGGAUAAUCGAGAGAAGAACCGCGAUGUCCUGUGUGUUCCCCCCGACAAUUUCCGACCCUACCUGACCUCCUUCCAGGGCAACGCCUUCACGGACUACAUCAACUCGGUGUUCGUGGAUGGUUACACCAAGCCCAGGGAGUACAUAGUGACCGAGUGGCCGAUGAAGCACACGCUGGGUGAGUUCUGGUCACUGGUCUACGACCAGGAGUGCUCCGCCGUGGUGGUUCUGUGCCAGCCGCCCUCGCAAUCGCAGCAGUAUCCCUCGUUCUGGCCGAACAAGUCCAAGAUGGAGAAGUACGGACCGGUGUUCUCCGUGCACUAUGUGAUGUCCAAGAGCUACACGAACAUCAAGCAGUGGGAGUUCAAGAUCAACAAGAAGAUCGUCUCCCUCACCGAAAUGAUGGCCGGCGUGAAGGCGCCAACGCGAACCGUCCAACUCUUUCAGCUGACCUGCUGGCCGAUGGGCCACAAGGUGCCCAGCUCGACCAACUCGCUGGUGUAUCUGAUGAACAUGGUGGAGAUCUGGCGCAACAAGGUCGACUACGGACCCGUGUGCGUUGUCUCGCCCGAUGGUCGCAGUCGGGCCGGUGUUUACUGUGCCGCGAAUGCGUGCAUCGAGCAGGUCAUCCAGCACGGCGAGGUCGAUGUUUUCCAGGCAGUGAAGACUGUACGCCGGCAUCGUCCUCAGCUAGUGGAGAAUAUGACCGAGUACAAGUACUGCUACGACCUGGUGCUCCACUACGUCCUCCACUUUCUCAACAAAAAGGAGUGAGCAGUGGGAAGCAUCGCAUCGCAUCCUCCAGGAGAAUAUUUCAAAUUUGUUUUUUUAAUUCGGCACCGGCUCGUCGGGCUGCCGCGCUUCGAUGGUUAACAAUGAAAUCCGAAAUACUUGUGGUCCACAUUUGAUGAUGCCUGGUUUUCCUUUUUACAAUUCCGGGCACCGCCUUAAAGCAAUAAUACUGAGUAUUUUUGUUGUCCACAGAAGAGAAGCCAGCGAAGAUGAAGGAAGAUGUUUAUUUGUUACGAGCGUCGAAAUGAAAUUUCACGCCAUUAAAGAGAUACUUUUUACUUGUUUUUUCGAGCGAAAAAAACAAUGAAACUAUUAUAUUGUAUAAGCUUUUUGAUCUGAAAUGUAUGUGCCAUUUGUAACCCUAGUUGUUGUUGUUAUAAACAGAAGGAUACGAACAGUGUGAUGGGGAAUUUGGGUAUAGAAUGAAGUAACGAAAUGAUAGGAACAGAGAACUAUUACCAUUAAAAUUUAUAUUUAUAUCUGUAGUUAUUAUUACGUUUACUCUUAAAACUUGCUACCUGGGCAAUUGUUGAUAUAUAUCUAAAACUACAUAUACCUAUUAUGAAUCUAUUUAUACAUAAAUAUAUAUAUAUAUAUAUAAAUGUUAUGUACUGUUGUAAAUGGAAAAUCGCUGCGUUUUUUCCAUAACUGUUGACAGAACUUUAUUUUUUAUUCAUGUUAAAGAAGAAAUAUUUAUUGAGCCACACGAACACAAAAACUUCAAGGUGUUGAAGUAAACAAACGUUAUACAUAUUGUUUAUUUGUGAGGAACACACACAACAGGCGGAACACUCAAAGAAAACUAAAUAGUUUUAUGAUUGCAUCAUGAUUUUCCUGUACUUUCGCAUUUAUGCAUUCAACACACGAACCUACCUACAUAUAUUGUCGUAACUCUAAUUAACUUAUCUUUUUAAUUGUGUAUAAAUGUGCGUAUGUCCAUUUUAUCCUUUGUAUAAGCCAAUCUACAUGUGUAAACACUUAGCACAAAAAUCGUAUUGGAUUAGGCUAACGAAAUGAAACUGAAGCCAAGAAAAAAUGAAACGAAUCGAACUUCAAA